AUGUCUAAUCAACAAUCUCCACAAAAUCAAGCUUCGUUAUAUGUUUCAGAAAAUAUAGUUCAUAAUAUGAAAACCAUAACUUUUAUUCGCUCGUCAAUGUCAGCAAUUACAGGAUCAGCAGUUGGAAUACUUGGCUUGACUAGUUAUAGUGGUUUUAUAUUUUAUGCAAUAGCAUCUUUGUUUUCAUCUUUUCUAAUAUGGUCUAUGAAAACAAAGGGAAAACCCAAUUUAUAUUUUCGUAACGGAGCUGAUGUUUGGACCGAAGGAAUAUCCGGAGGCUUGUUUUCAUAUGUAUUGUUUUGGACUUUACUUUAUGGAAUUGUUCAUGGUAACAAAUAUUUUUAA